UGCCUGGCAACCAUGGUGGCAACACCAUGGUUCUACCCCGACCCCACCACCCAUUCCUCCUCGUCCUGGUGUUCCCGUUGGUGGCAGCUCUGCCCCCAGGGCAGCCCGUAGCCCUCUGCCCGGCCUCCUGUCACUGUCACCGGUGGUUGCUGGACUGCAGCCGAGCCUCCAUGGUGGCGGUGCCGCGGGCCGCCCGCCGCUGGGCCCUGUCUGUGCUAAAUUUCACCAGUAACUCUAUUUCUUCCAUUGAAAAAGAAGCGUGGAGGGAAUACCCAUGGGCUGAGCACUUAGUUCUCCAGGACAAUGAUUUGAGGGCGGUGAAGAGGCAUUCGCUGGAGGGUUUGCUGCUGCUGAAGCAUCUGGAUUUAUCCGGCAAUAAAAUCCUGUCGAUUGAGGAACGUGCUUUUGAGCCACUUCCCUUCUUGCAGCUUCUAAACCUCAGCGGAAAUCUCAUGGCACGGAUCCAGAAGGACACUUUCCAGGCAUGGCAUGGGAUGCAGUUUCUACAGAAAGUGAUCCUGAGCCACAACCCGCUGUCUGUGAUCGAUGACGCAUCGUUCUUUCAGCUGCCAGCUGUCAGCUAUCUUGACCUGGGAGCAACACGUGUGUCACAGCUGACAGUGCUCAAACUCCUCCUGACCACGGCCCAUUUGGAGAUGCUCAAACUGCCCCGAGCUGCUGCCUGCUGCCUCUGCCAGGAGGGCCGUGCUGCUAUGGCACUGUGCAGGAGCAUCCACUCCCACAGCAAGGAGCUGUGUGCCAGCACCCCGCAGUGCGCUCACACGGAACCCCCAGCAGAGAUGCAAGCAGAACUGAGGAGAGCAGCGCAGCACGGCAUGGUGCUACACCUCAACCUCACCAAUUCUUCACUUGGAGACAAAGAAACUGUAACACUUAAUGUUCUCCUGAGCCCUCACAGUGCUGAUGGGGUCCUCAGGAACUUCAAUAAUCACAUCACCAGAAUGAGCUCCCAUUCCCCUCAGCACCCAGGCAAGCAGGAGCUGCACAGUGCUCUGCGUAAGGGCCGGGAGAGUGGGAAUGGGGGGAGAAAACUCCAUUUCCCAGCAAUAGAGCUGAAGGAGGAGCAGCAAAGCACCGCCUCACAGCUGCCAAGACCUGCAGCACACAAGGUCCUGGAAGCAAAGGAAGGAGCCCACGUCCCCAGGGAGCCCAGCAGCGCAGGCAGCACAGAGGAUGAGGAUGCAGCAAUGGAAGGAGACCUCUUUGAAAGAGGAGUGGAGCACCGCCUGCGCUCGCUGGUCCCCAACGGAGCCCUGCGGGGUUUCAUCGCCCGCGUGGCACGAGCUGUGAGGAAGGACUGCCAACUGCCCCACCUGCAGCCCUCCUGCACGAAGCUGCUGGCACAGACAGGGCAGCUGGUGGGGCUGCUGGGCAGGCAGAGACCCACAGUGCAGUGCCCACUGCAAUGGGUGAACAGCUCCAUUGGCACAGAGAGCAGGAACCGGACUGGGGAGAGGACGGCAGCACGCAGCUCCAGCAGGCGGGUCCUCCUGGCGGUGUCGGUGUCUCUCAUCAUCACCACUUACAUCACAGCCAUUUGUCUCAUCGAGGUCUGCUGCCCCAAACCCACAGCUGCCUCCCAGCCCCACAGCACCAGCAAGUCACGGUGGAGACGGUUCUUUAAGAAGCUGUUGCCACACCGAUGGCGCAGGAACGAUGGGGCACAGGGAUUGCACUUUGCAGAGCGCAUGAAGGACGAACCCAAGUGGCUCCGAGAUCUCUACAUGCCCCUGGAUGACCUGCAGAGGAACUCCAUCUAUCAGCUGUACCGAGAGCCUGAGGAGGAGGAGGAGGAGGAGGUGUUCAGCAGGGCUAAACCAACGAUGCCCGAGGAGCAGCACAGCCCCAGCACCUCCGCCCCAUAAGGCCCAGGAGGUACAGCAGGAUGGGAGCAGUGAGCCCUGGAUGGCUCCGGGAGCAGCACAGCCCAGCAUGGGAUGAUCUGCUAUUGACUGGCAUGGAUGCUCUGCUCCUGCAGAGCUGGGUUUGCUAUUAAAGGCUGUAGGGCGUUC